AUGGCACGUAAUGUAUCAUACAUGCUUAAUUUGUAUCAUACAAGUAAGUAUGUGAUAGAGAACGGUAGCAUCAACACUUUUUCGAAUAUGCCGGAUGAUGGUUUGUUUGUCGAAGAAAGGUUGUCAUAUGAGGGAUUGAUUAGUAAGAUUUGUAUGAUCCUUGGUUGGGAUCCAGCACACAUGAAACUCCACCUUUCUUUGAUUUUCGAUAGUCCCAGUGGUAGGCGUGUAGUGAAGAUCAAGAAUGAUUCGCAUGUAGAGUUCAUGAACCGUGUAGAUCCAAUGUCAUGUUUGGAUUUAUACAUAGAUUUGGAAGAUAUCACUCAAGAAGAAAGAGAAGCGAGUUUGGAAAACGUGUCAUUUGGUGAUUUUCGAAGGGGGGAACGUGCUAGUACUUCUCGAAACCGUGAUGAAGAGGAGACACCUUUAUUUGCACAAAAUGACUACCGGGAAGAGUUGGAUUCCGACUACAUAGCUCCAAGUGAAAGCGAAGAAGACGUGAUGUCUCCGGAGAGAGUGAUUUUGAAGAAAGUGAUGAUGAAAGACAAGGAUGAGUUUGCUUUUAAGAUGUGGGAUGAGACGCCCGAAGGAAUGGACAUUGGUGUUUGUUUCAAAUCUCAAUCAGAAGCAAAGCAUGCUGUGAAAUUAUGGAAUAUCCAUCAUAAAAGGGAAUAUAGGGUCGCCGCGAGUAGUCCAAGGACGUGGGCUGUGCGGUGCAGAACAUUUAAUGUGGAAAGUGAGGAUGGUGAACCACCAUGUGAGUGGAAGAUGCGUGUGUCAUUGAAAGCUCACGGCCUUCAUGAAAUUGUGAGAUGGCAUGAUGCACAUAAUUGCAUGACUCUGUGA